GUGGCCAAGAUGGCGGCAGAGUAAGACGUCCUGCACCGUGCUCUCAAAAAGAUGCCAAAAACAGCCCAAAAGAGAACCAGUGACCACAGCAAGUUCGAAAAAACUUCUGCAGCUGCAGAUAAGGACCAUGACUAUGUCGGCACGGCUUCUGGCGCCCUUCAACCUGAGGCUGAUGACGAAGAGGACUUUCCACCACUCCCGGUAACACCAAAUAAACCUCCAGUUGYAAAGAAACCUUUUCCAAAYGUUUCUCGACCAACUAGCAACCCUAACCCCGAUGAUGCUACUGCUAUGCUUGCUAACCUGAUCAACACGAGAAGUGAUGCUUUAGAAACAAAGCUGGGAAACMUGCUAGACGAAAUUAAAGAUAUUAAGAAGAAAAUCAACUCUGUUGAAAAACGUGUGGAGCUCAUUGAAAAGGAUACAACAUCCUGUUUAAGCCGCGUCACGGAGUUGGAGCGUUAUGACCGUCGCUGGAACCUCAGACUUCAUGGAGUUGCUGAGACAGAGAAGGAGAACGUGAUGGAGGAGGUGCUGCGGGUGUGCCAGGAAGUUCUUCCUAAAGAAAAAGAAAGGCUUCAGAUCUUCAUUGACAUCGCCCAUCGAGUUGGAAGACGGCUCUCCGGCAGCUCCAGCCCCUGCGCUAUUAUCAUUCGCUUUGUGGUGAGGAGAUAUCGUGACUUCAUAUGGAAAGSAGCUAAAGGAAACGUCUUCCUGAAAAACAAUGGACUCCGUUUUACCGAAGACCUCUGCAAAGAGGACCGUGACUCCCGGCAGAAACUAUGGCCACGCAUCCAAAAGGCUCGGGAAGAGGGAAAGUCAGCCUAUUUCAUCGCGGGUCGUGGUUUUAUCAACGGCGUGGAGAUCCCCUCAACAUUCACUCCUAUGCAAGAAUAAUCACAAAUCUUUUCUCCUGACUGAUGAUACAUUCUACUGUUCUGGUACUUGGUGAAGCUAUG